GCAUGGUGCAUUAUAUUACUGCCGCAUUAAAACGCUAUGCUCCUUUGGAAAACAUAAGGACGUCGCACUCAAGUAGCCUCACGUCGUAAUUGCAGCUUCGCACCAAAACACUCGACCAGCAGUCAAAUCCCGUUGGGCUACUGCUAUGGUGACACAGCCGUUCCAGGGCCUGGAUUAGUCUUGGGCAGUCCGCCUUCGUUAGCAGGAGCCUGUGCGCCAUGUCCUCUGAGGAGGUGCUCAAGCUAGCGCGUCUGCCGCGGCUUGAUACAAAUGCAAAGGCCAAGUGUGCUCGUAGCGUGGUGAUGGCCAACAUGCGCGCCUGGCUGCACACGCACGCCAUGGUUGGGAAGGUGGACAAGUUGCAUCCCGCCGUGGAGGGCAUGAUUGAGAAGUGGUUUGAGUUGGUGGAUGAUGACGGCAGCCGGACUCUGAGCCACAGCGAGUUGUUCUCCGCGCUCAAGGCCGCCAAGGUGCCGUGCGAUGACGCCACCAUCAAGACGCUCAUCGGCCUCAUGGACGUGAACAAGGACGGCAUGAUCGGCUGGGAUGAGUUCGAGAUGUUUAUGACGGAGGAGUUUGUGGCCGGCAAAAGUCUGCUGGGUGGCGAGUACCUGUUGCCCACUGGUGUGGCGCUGCCGUUCGGGGCCAUGGUGGACAAGCUCAGCCGCGACCGACUCAUGCAGGAGAUCAUGACGCCCGGAGCCAGCCGCAACCGCUGGGCUGACGUGGCUCGGGACCCGGAGGCGCUGUCCAAGGCUGUGUCGGGCAUUAAGAUGGCGGCGGAGGUGACGGCCGCCACCGCACCGCGCGGCGCGCCCUCGUCACAGCUUUCCGACGGCGGCGGAGGCGCGGAGCCGCUCACGCCGCGGCAGGCGCUCACUGCAGCCAUGUUGCAAGAGCUGGAGGCGGAGAAGGCCGCAGCGGCGGGAGCAGGCGGCAUUGCGUCGCCGGUGCCGCUUGCGGGGGCUGCGUCGAGCGGCGGUGUGCCGCCGCAACUCACUGCCCGCAACCCCAUGCACGCCAACCAGCCAAAUGGAACCCUGCUGCGUCGCUCGUUGAGUACCUCGGUGUCGCAGCACGCGCGAUCCGUCUCGCCGGGCCCCGGAUCGCCCGGUGGCAGCGCCGUGUGCCCCGCUCCCGGCUCCGGCGCGGCCACCGCCCGCACCAGGACAGGUCUGUCGCCGCUGCCGGCCAACGCAACUGCGGCAGCGGCCGUUGCCGCGGCAUCCGGGUCCGCCACCGCACGCUCGCCGUUUUCUGACUCGCCGCGCUCGAGCGCUGCCGGCGGCCACGGGUCCCGCCUGGUAUCACAGAUGGCAGCGCUGUUUGGGAACGGCAGCGGCAGCGGCAGCCCUGGAGGAGGUAGCAGCCGAGCGAACAGCUUCCGGCGGCGCAGCACGGGCCCUUUCAACGCGGACUUUGGCGCGCUGGCAGGGGCGACAGCAGCAGCGGGGAACGACUACCGCAGCAGCCCGGGCGGUCGGAGCCCCGGCGGCGCCUCCCCCGGCGGCGCCAGCAUGCCGCUGCCUCCCAUGCCUUACUGCUACACCGUCCACUCGGCUGCUCAGUCCUCCGCUUCACCAUCCAACAUCGCUGACGAACUCUGCCCCUUCGGUGGAGGCCCCGGCGAUGAGGAGUAUUACGAGGCGGACGGGCCCUUAGCCGGUGGCCGCCUGACGCCGGGGCGGCGGGAUGGCACUGCACCGGAGCUUCCGCGCGCACACAGCUGCUCCAAUCUCCUGCCCUCCCAGCGGUCACAGCUGCUGCUGCAGCGGCAGCAGAUGCAGGCGCAGCUGCCGAUCGUGCCGCCGCCGCUGACGGUGCCGCGGGGCGGCAGCGCCUGCAGCGGCCCGGCCUCGUCGCCGUUUGAGAGCGGCGGUGCCAGCAACCUCAGCAGCCCGGCGGCGGAGGCGCGGCGGCUGCCGCCGCUGCAGCUGCCGCCGCCGCCCGGCUGCCCCUCCUCGCCAUCACCCAGCAGGCAGCCAGCCGGCGAGGGUGACGACUGUCAGGGCGACACCGGGUGCGCAGGCCUGCCGUCAAACGGCAGCGGAGGGGGCGGCAUGAGGCAGCCCGAGCCUCCAGUGCUGGGGCCGCCGCCGGUGGGCUCCAGGACCGGUCGGCGGCGGUCCGUGGAGUGGCUCAGUCCGUUGGGCCGCCAGAAUAGCGACCUGCUUAGUCCCGUGUCGCCGGCAAUGACCAGCCGCGGCGGGGGCGCCUCGCAGCAGCUCAGCCAAAGGCCAUCCGACAUACCCAGUCCUCUCCGCCGAUCCAACACCUACCGCCAGGAGCCGCUGAGUCCGUUGGACAUGCCCGCGGCCGCUGGAUCCACCGGUGGCGGCAAUGCAGGCGGCAGCGGGGGCGCAAGUGGCAGCGGGGGCGGGAGUGCCAGAGCCAUCGGCCCGCCGCCGGCAAGCCGCGGACCCACUGAGAUGGGCAUCCUCGGCCCGCCCAGCCCAGUGUCGCCGCCCAUGCCCGUCGCCAGCGGCGCGGCGGAGUGGUCCUACAGCGGUGCCUACCCGAGCUCGCAGCCCUCGCCCUCAACGCUGACGUCCCCCACCGCCGCUUCGUCCCAGCACAGGCGUCCUCCGCAGCGGACUCUCAGCCUCGUCGGUCAAAUGGCGGAGCGCCUCGCAGAGGAGCGGAGGGCGGCGCAGCUGCAGGAGCUGGCAUCCGCCUCGGCCUCGGGCUACGGCACAGCACGCUCGCUGGCCUCACCCGGCGGCGCCGGUGGAGCCAUGUCGGGCUCAUUCGCCGCCGCUGCUGCCGCUGCAAACAGCGGCAGGGGCUCGCACACGGAGCCGCAGCUGCAUUUCGGCGACAGCGAGGACGGCGAGAGUGGCCUGGGCGCUCCGUGGGACGUUGGCGCCAGCGCCAGCGGCAGCAGCACCGCCAACAUGCGGUCCAUAAGCAGCAUCAACGGCAUGGGGUGGCCGGCGUCGGGAGGCCCUUCGGGGCUUGCGGCUGACGUCAGACGUGGCACACACACCGGGCAGCAGCAGCUGCCACGCGCCAGCAGCGACGCACACGGGUCAGGCGCGGCGGGCGCGAUGGCGCGCGCAAGCAUCCCGCCUCUCCACCUGGGGUCGCACGAGGACGCCGGUUUCGCGGCUGCUAUGCUGCAGGGCGUACCGACCUCGCGCCCUACCUACGGCGGCAAUGCGCGAGCGAUGCCAGUGCUCACGGACGCGGCCGGCAUGAACGGCUACAUGCGGGAGCGGCUGCUGGGUGCUGGAGGCUCCGGCACCCAGCAGCCCCCGGCGGAGGCGCUGUCGCCGCAGGCGGGCCUGCCGCCGCAGCUGCAGCUGCAGCACCCAAGCAACAAGUUCCUGGCUGCAGCGGCGGCAGCUGCUGCCUCAACUGCGGCGGAGCUGCAAGCGGAUGCCCAAGCUGCUAGUGCUGGUGCUGCUGCCGGUGCCGGUGCCGUGGCGGCGCCUGGAGCAGCUGCACUGAGUCCGCAGCCGCCAGCGCCGCGCACCGAGCCGCGCCCGCCCCUGGGGGGUGAGGCGUCACGACUGCGGCUGCCGAUGUCAGCGCUGAGCGCGGCUGCCGCGGGCAAGGCUUCGUCCACGCCUGCUGCCGGAGGCGCCGGUGGGCGGUAGCUGCUGGCUGGGCUUGACUUGAAUGUCCAGGCAUAUAGCAUCUGAACUGCAACUUUUGGGGAGUCAUUGAAAGCUCCCUUCACGAGCUGAGGCGGCUUUACCACGGCAUUAACAGCGACAUCACUGUCACAUGCAUCCUGCACUCACCAUACUUGUGGUACUAUAGGCCUGGUAAGUGCCUUGGUACUUGUAAUUCAUGAUACGAUAGUAUUACCUUGACUUGCUAUCAUGAGUCCUUCGUAUACCGCUUCAUUGCACACCUGGGACAAUUCCCGGUUUGCGUUGCUCAUUAUUCAUCAGGUGAUCAGGUGUGUCGGCGGGCACAUCGUGGAAGGUUGCGCGGAGGGCUUUGGCCAGGGGUGCAGCAAGAACUGGAUACCGCGCGCCGUGCUGUGCCGGUCGCAUUUGCCCGCGGGUGUCGGAUGAGUUGCAGCUGGUUGCCGGUUUUAGUAUGACGAGCAGGAUGCCACAACCUUUUGCAAUAGCAUUGGCCUGCUGCAAAUCAUGUACGGUGCGCAUCCAUUUGUAUGCGUAAUACUUGCGCUCUAACAGCUGAAGUGGUGCACGGGGUUCAUGUCAAGCAUGGCAUCGCCAAUUAGCGCCGACUUGCAGCUGCUUGCGGGCGGAAAGGAGGGGGAGUAGGAGGAGCGGGCGGCGCAGUCCGCCGUGGCGGGAUGCCACGCAGGCUGUGCUUCAUGGGCCGGCUGCAUGGGGCUCGUAGCACGGGCCUUGGCGCACAACGCCCGACCCUGUGUUGUUGUUAAGAGCUGUCGCAGGUCCAUUUCAGUAGAGUGCCCGAACGCGUUGGAUGCGACAAGACAGGGCAAGGGGCAGAUUGGCGUAAUCCCGUAGUGUGCAGACCUAAUGCGUUGGGUAUGACCCCAGUCGUGUCAUUCUGCCGGUUGUGCACGUCUCCACCACCGGUCCCUC